AUGCCACCCUUCACCCACACGGGCGGAGUCGAUGCCGAGGCACUUUACCGUUAUGAGCCAGGGGGCUACCAUCCUCUUCAAUUGGGUGAGACACUGAAGAAUGGGAGAUAUAAAAUUAUCCACAAGUUGGGAUGGGGUGGCUUUUCUACAAUUUGGGCUGCAAGAGACCAGAGGGAUGACUGCUAUGUUGCAGUGAAGAUCAAGGUUGCCGAUGCGAAACACAAUAGGGAGCUUGAUAUCUUGCGAGCAUUAUCUUGUCUACCCAAACAUCAUCCUGGAUCAUCCCACAUCAAUCGGAUGUUAGAUCACUUCACUCUUGUCGGCCCGAAUGGUUCCCACGAUUGCCUGGUGCUGGAGCUUGUAGGACCCAGUGUUUCGGAUGUUGCUAGCAACGACUGCAAAGGGAGAAGACUUCCUGCUAAACUUAUGAAACAUGUGGCAAGACAGGCGCUCCUUGGAAUCGACUUUCUCUCGGUUAAUGGAAUUGCGCAUGGGGAUUUGCACACUCGAAACAUUGCUCUAGUUGUGCCUGGUCUGCAGUCCCUGAGCGAAGAAGACUUCGUUGCUAGACUCGGGAAGCCCGAGACAGGUGUAGUGACCAGAGUGGAUGGUGGGCCUUUGGGGAAGGACGUACCAGCCCAAAUGACUCAAUCUGCAUCUUCCUGGGGCCUCGAUGAUAUGCCGUCUCGCCCAUCCGUCAAGAUUAUUGACUUUGGUGAAGCCUUCUUUGACAACAACGCGCCGACCUCACUAAAUACACCCAUAUCUGUGCGGCCACCAGAGGUUGUUUUUGGGGACCGUCUGGACCGCCGAGUAGACUUUUGGGGUGCUGGUUGUCUGAUCUUCGAACUCAUAACCGGCCAACCUCCUUUCGACGCCAUCAUGCAGACCCCACCUCUUCUCGUCGAGCAGAUGCUUGAGGAACUCUCUGACGAACUGCCGUCCAGAUGGCAGGCCCAAUGGGAAGUCAUGCAAAAGGAUAUCGCUGAAAGGCGCGCUGAGCAGCAGACUCCGCCUGAAGAUAGUUUCCCUGAAGAUGAUAUCUAUACGCUCCACGAAUGGCUAGAAGAGUGUUAUAAUUGUUGUGAUGAGAAGAUGGCCGAGUUCACGAAGGAGGAACUUGCGAGCAUGGCCACCGCAAUCGGGAGCAUGAUGAGGUUUGAGCCGUCACUCAGAGCCACACCAAGGGAAAUGCUUGCCCACGACAUGUUUCGAGAAGGAACAUCCAGCAGAAGUACUAAUGAAACACAGCAAAUGUGA